AGUAAAUUUAUUUUAUUCCUGUAUUUUAAACGUUUGAAGUGAGAAAUUUACGAAUUUAAUCGAAUAUAUAUAUUAUUAUCUUUAUUCAAGAUAUCUGUAACAUAAGUGCACGUGCAAGGCAAUUAUAACAUUGGUGCAAUGCAAAAGGCUGUAAUGAAAUUGAAUUCGUAUGUGCAGCGGCCAUUUGCCGGUUCGGUUUCGUUUAAUACGAGCGUGUGUGCGGUUACUACAGAAGGUUCGAGAUACGUUAUUGUUGUUCAUACAAAUAAAAUAUACGUUUGAAAGUGUUCUCGUCUUUAAAAAAAUACUAAGUUCAAAUUUUAGUGCACAUUUAAGUGAAAUUUUCCAAAUUCAGCAAAAUUAGCGCGAUUUCCACUCGAGGUGAAAACAAACAGUAAUUUUGAGUUGUCUCAUCUACAGUUUUCGGUUCUGGUUGACCUUGUAAGGUUAAACGGAAAAUUUGCAGUAUGAAUAUUGCAUAUUAAACGGAUUUUUAACGGAAUCAUUGCGCGUAGCACAAAAAAAGGGAAAAAAGCAUUUGGCCAGAAAUAUGUAAGGCAUAAAACAUAACAGAUUAAUUGCGGCAUAUUAAAAUUAAUGUAAAUAAAAAUCUACCGAAAAUAAAGUGUUGCUUAUGUUCUAAUAAGUGUUUUUCGGUGUUGCUGCUGAAAAUUGUGUAAGAUUACAAUAAAAAAGUAAAUGGCAGAUAAAUUCGUGAACUUCGUUACUAAAUGUAAUUAUUUAUCGAGUGCGAUUUUAAAUAUAUUAAUAGCUAAUAAUUAAUAUAGCUUUUAAAAUAUCUAAGCAGUGAAGUUUUGCAGUUUGUGAAGCUUCCCUAAAAAUAAAGUUUACUUAAAAAAUAAUAAUUAUUAAAAUGAAUUACAUAUGUAAGACGGCACUGCUCGUGUGCAAAUCUAAGUAAUUGAAAAUCAAGAAUCGAAUAUUUAAAACCAAAACCAUGCCCAGAAGCAGUUCAAGUAAAGCAAAUCGCAACGACUUAGUAUCAAAGUCAAAUAAAUUACAAGAAAACAACAUGAAGUCCACUGAAAGAAAUGCAGCUGCAAGAAAUAGCCCUGAGAGAGUGUUUGUUAAUUCACUAAUUAUUCAAGAGGCGCUAGAAACGUUCAUAAAUCGCCAUCGUAGCAGUUUACAAAAACUAACGGAACUAAAUAGUAAGCUGGGUCAACAAAACUCUCUUUUAAAUGUACAAAUUAACAAUCAACAUGGCACCAUAUUGGCGCUAAAUGAAAAAAUUGCCGCUGGCGAAAAAGAGCUCACCAAAUACAAAGAAGAGCAAACUCGUUUGAUGGAAAGUAAAAGUUUGCUGCGCGCUGAAUUGUUGACUUUUAAAAAGCGCUGUGGUGAAUUGAUGAUUUCCAAUGAAAAUGAGCUGAAGGAGUGUGGUGAAAAGGAGGCGGUGUUGAGAAAUGAGGUGGGUAUAUUUAAUGAAGGAAUGUAUGGAUAUAAAAGAAUAACUGUAUCUCUUAACUUGCAGCUUGAUGUAAUUCGUCAAGAAUUGCAAGCCAAGCACGCUGAAUUGGACAAUAACAACUCGGAGCUAGUAAAAACACGAAUCGAAAUCAAUGAAAGCAAACUGCAGCUGGAGCAACAGCAGAAAUCAAUCAAUGAUUUGCAGGAUGAACUGUUGCAAAAAGAUAAAACCAUUAAUACCUUGCGUAAAGAACACGUUGAUUAUAAAACUGAAACAGAGAAAACCAUCAAUAAAAUGCGUGAAAUCCAACAAAUCUUUUACCCGAAUGCCACAAAUCCCUUGCCGCAUAUACAACGAAACGACGAGACUCGCUCUACGCAACCUGUCAGCAUUACUGUACAGCCGAGACCUCAGAGCCGCGCUGCCUUAAAGCGCAGUUCGACGUCUUCUUCUUCGGAUACAGAUGUGGAUAAUGAGGAGCGCGCAUUGCUGCGCGGUUGGAGACCAACAAGAAAUGUUAAAAGCCUACCGACGCGAUCUGAAAGUGGUAGAGGUUCAACGGAUAUUCCACCAACAUCAGAAAGCGGUGUUGAAGUAAUCACACAUAAACGUUCACGGCGUUAGAAAAGCCAAAAGGUUCUUGAUGCUAUUAUUUUAUAUUAUUCCUCCAUAUAAUCUCUAAAACAGCAAUUCGUAUUGUAAGCAGUUGAUAAGAACAUAUUUUUUUGUUAUUGUUUUCAAGCAAAAAUAUAUCAUUCCACUUAAAUACUUUGAACAGUUAUAUAAUCACUUAAGUACUGAAGAAUAAGUGUACAAUUAAAAGAUUAAAAUAUCAAUUAAAUGUAAUUAAAUGCUUAGAUCCGAAGUGAUAGCGGUAAAUGAAGUGCAUUUUCCAAUGAGUUUUUGUUGUAUAUCGAUUAAAGGACUUUUCGUCAUAUUUUGACAUAUUUACCAUACAUAAAUUUUUAAUAUUUUAUGACUCCCAUUUCUUUAAUUUCUCAAAAAAGUU